AUGUUUAAAGACAUCUUUCUUCUUUAUGCAAUAACUUUGUGUGUGAUUCUGCAAGCGAAUAGCGUCGCGACAAUCAAUUGUGAUGGCGAAUCUUCAUCCAUAAAGGAAAAACUUCUGCAGAAGCUGUUAUGUUCGGAUUAUGACAAAACACAACGUCCCGUCAAAAAUCAUCAAACUGCAGUGAAUGUAUCGAUUUCUAUAUAUAUGAAGGAAUACUACGUGAUUGAAAGAGAACCAUCAAUUAUAUUGUCCAUUUGGUUGACGAUCAGUUGGAAGGACGAAUUUCUCACCUGGGACAGAGCGGAAUAUGGUAUGGAGAUGGUGAACAUCGACUCCAGUGAAUUAUGGCGUCCAACUAUCGAGGUAACAAGAAAUAAAAGAGCUGGCAGUCGCCAAGAAUCCUGCAAUGAUCAUAAAUGUGAAGUGAAACAUAAUGGCAGUGUUUCGUGCUUGACACCAUGCACCUAUGAGGCCCACUGUACCAGUACCAAAGUAGACUGGCCGUUCGAUGUAUUGUCAUGUGCAGUGUAUUUCAGUAGCUGGCUGGAAUAUUCGACACAACUAAACCUCACAGCGGAAUCAAACGUAUCGAGAGAAUAUCUUAAAGAAGAUAUGACUUGGAACAUACUGUCUACCGAAACAAUGUCGCAUAUUGAUGCACAUAAUGAAAGUUUUCCAAUGAUUGAAUUCAUAACUACUUUAGAAAGACAUAUGGGCAUUUAUUCUGCCAUCAUGACACCUGGGUUCAUGGUAGUAGCAGUUAGUGUAGCAGUUCUAUGGAUAGAUAGUACCAGCUCUGAUAGACUGCACAUUCUUUCGGCAACGUGUUUGGGCCACUACAUCUUCCUGGAAUACAUAUACUGGCAUAUGCAGUACAACAACAAAGAUGUUCCCAAUAUACUGCUUUUCUUCCGUGACUCGCUGCUUAUCAACGUGCUGAUGUUAAUUUUCACCAUCGUUUUGAGACACACUGUACCCAGAAAGAGCAGCUCAGAGCGAUUGAUGGACAGGCUAGCGCUAAGGGCAGCUUCUACUAGUUUGGGUCGCAUAUUGCUACAAGCUGAUCUCAUGGUCGACCCGAAAGGAUCACGACCAUUGGAGGAAGGCCAAACAGAACCCGAAAACACCCGACACGCAGAAAACGGUACAAACGGAGAUACAAUUCAUCUAGUUGUUGAUGGAUAUGACAACAAUAAUGCACCUAAUGCAAUAGUUGUGAGUACGGAACAACACCGAACCAAUUUAGGGAUCAUCUUCGUGGAUCGGAUAAUGCUAUUGUGCUGUAUGAUUUGUUAUGCCUUAAUGCUUUUCAAUUUGAUACCGAAAAAAAUGUUAUAG